GACAACAACUGAGGGGUCUUUCAUUAAUUGCAAACUUUGAUAACAGCUAUGAAUGACUUAAAAGACAGUAAUCCUCUGCACAUCAGUUGGUGUGACAGUCAAUGGUUGCCAGUGUUGUCUCAACACAAUGUCUUGGAGUACUUCAGCGAGAGAUCGAAUCCGUUUUACGACAGAACGUGUAAUAACGAGAUCUUGAAAAUGCAAAGAUUGUCUUUCGAUCAGUUGAACAAAUUUCAAGGAAUCGAAUACAUUCUUCUUCACUGUCAAGAACCCAUUCUUUAUGUCAUCCGAAAACAGGACAGAUUAUCGCCGACUCAGGCCACUCCACUCGCCGACUACUAUAUCAUUGCCGGAGUCGUCUAUAAGGCGCCCGACUUGAAUGCUUUGAUCAAUUCGCGACUCUUGACAACUGUCCAUCACUUGCAGUCGGCGUUCGACGAAUCCUUUUCUUACUCUCGAUAUCACCCCUCAAAAGGCUAUUGGUUUGAGUUCAAUAAAAAUGGCGAAAAAGACACAAACAAAGAACGUUCGGACAAAUCCGCCAAAACUAAGGUCAGGGAAGAGGUCAGCGCGAGCACCAAAUUCCAACGCAAACGCGUCGACAUUCUUCUCAACGAAUUGACCAAAAAGUUUCCGCCGAAACUGACGACAACAACAACUACGACAACAACGACAACAACUCAACAGACAAACACCGAAACCAAGAAAGAAACCGUUGAUUCAGAACCAAAGGUUGACGUCAAACUCGAAAAACCAGAAACAACAACAACAACAGCACAACGAGAACCGUUAGUUAAUUCGGGAUCUUUCAGAACGAGUGGCGGACCGCCAGAGAAAAAACCGCGAAUCGGAUAAUCAGUUUUUCUAAUAAAUCCUCACUUUUUUCUAGUUUUUGUCUUUGUUUUGAUUAACUGUUUCUGAAAUCGAUUUCAUGUAUUCUUAAUUAUAAUCAUAUUCUGACCGAAAUUUAUGCACUUUUUGUCCGCAAAACAGUUCUUUCGAUUAAAUUCUUGAAAUUAUGUCUUCAUUUCUACAGAAUGUCUACCAAUCUCUUCA